AUGUCCCCAAGCAAGAAGCAACCUCAAAAUUCGGGAGAUAGAGCUUGGAAUGUUGUCAAUUUCGACAGAAAUGAAGGUUCCCAGCGUAACGAGAGCGUUUUAAUUGAAACAGUGUUGGAAGAAGGUCUUUGUGACGAUGUUCUUUCAACAACAAGUUCGGACGAGUCAGAAUCUCUGAUUGGCUCUUCAAACGGUGCAGUGGCUGCCGGAUACGGUUUCAGCACUCUUAUUGGGCAGAAGGAAGAAGACCUUGCCAAAAGUUUGUCCCGGAACUCAGUUUUGCCAAGUUCUUUGGUACAAGAAAAGUCAUCAUCCUUCUGCGGUCGUGCGAGCCGUGGACUUGCUCAGUUGAACCCAUGGCAGAUCGUGCUUUUGACGUCUUCUACAACUUUUUUGAUAACUUGUGCUUUGCAAGCAGUGUUGAAAAAUUCUUCACCAGCGCCUGUGAAUGACGUUGCAGCAGCACCGUACUUUACGAAUCAUGGUGCCACGUACCGCGAUGUGGACUUUGUACUGCCCUUAGGAUCCAUUUCUAAGGGUGCUGGGAAGUAUAUUGUUGAUUUUGAAAACCGCAUUGCUUACCCUAUUGUUCCCAAAGUCAAUUACUGGGAAUCAGCCAAACUUCACGUUAGCGAAAAGUCCCAAUAUUUCUUGCGCUAUAUCAAAGAACUGGACAAGCAUAAAUUCCUCAACCUUGAUAAUAAAAUAAGGCAUGCAAACACCGCUUUUAUGUCUGCCGCAAAUACGCUUUUAUCGUCUUGUUCCAUCAAAAUCAGAUCUGCUUCUGAUCAUCUCCGUCAUUACAAACAUGCGAUCAAUUUUGAACCAAAGAUCGAAUUGGGGAGGUUAACGAGGAGAUUGAGAGAGGCGUGGAAUAUUCAAGCCUCUGGUUAUUUACAUCCACUCCAAGACAAUUUAUCGGCGUAUAUCACCAAGGCUCGAUUGUUCAUGAUUGGAGGAGGAAAUCUUGGUUCUCGUUUCAGAGCAGGGUUUGUGAAAAUGGCAUCUAGCAUCGACCAAUUUCGUGAUCGAACGGGAUCUGUUUUCAUUGAUAAAUGGGAUAAUACAAUGGCAAUGCUAAGGUUCAAGGCCAACAGAACCAAUUUUUAA